AUGGACCCCCAACAGCGUGCUGCCCUCCCACUGCAGCUGCGUGGCAACAGUUCUGCAGUGAACUCUGGACAAGUGCCAAACCUGAGCUUGGGACGCAGUGAAAGAGGAGGAGGAGGAGGAGGCCCAGAUGCAGAGCAGCAAAACUUGACCUCUACUGUGCCUUCCAGUUCCAGGUUGGACCCACAGCACGUUUCUGAGAGCCCACUGGGGCCAGUGGUUCGGUGCCAGACCAAGGGCAAGCUGGACAUCAAGAGCAGGGGCUACAGUCUCACCAUCUGCCACUCAGGGGUCAUCUUUCCCUGGAUGAUGUCGCAGAAAAAUGGCUCUGGACAAUCUGCCAGUCGUGUGGCAGGCAGAGGAGUGAGGAGGGAGAGAACGGCCUUCACCAACAACCAGCUGCUGGAACUGGAGAAGGAGUUCCACUUCAGUCCAUACUUGCGGCGCCACCGGAGGCUGGAGAUGGCAGCCGGGCUGCACCUCACCGACCGCCAGGUCAAGAUCUGGUUCCAGAACCGCAGGAUGAGGCACAAGAAAGAGCAGAAGUAUGGCAGCAGGGAGGCAUGCUUGUCCCAGGGGUUUCCACCCAAUCUAAGUUCUUACUCGGACCACCUGAGGCUCCAAACAGCAUGUGCUGUCAGAACUUCCUCCUCCUCUCCCUCAGAGCUUGUCUCUAUGGAUUGCUCCUUGUCCUCCCUGUUCGGCUCGUUUAGUGACAGCAGCAGUGCUCAGAGUCUUUACCCUGCAGAUCUCCCCCAUCUUAACUGCUUGCUUCCAUCUGCUGCAAAUGGUCCACCACCCUCCUGCACAGACAUUGAUGGCCAUCAGCACGCCGGUUUUUCAAACUGGCCCUGAGGCACCAUAAAGGCCAUCCCUUCUGUGCUCUUAAAAAAUCUCAAUCAUAUCUUCACUUACUUAUAAAAGACUGGGGGAUGUCUGAUCAGCGUCCAAGGAAUGCUAUCCACUUAGCACACUCUUUCAUCCUUCACGAUACGUUUUAAUUUAACCAUGUGAAAAACAUCCUAAUUAAAGGAGAGCUAUUGUAAUAUCUUUCGUGUUUUUUAGACCAGUCUUUA